AUGGCGCAAAUGGCUAGGAUACGGGCGGGUCCGGCCGCGCUGCGACUGCGACGGGCGGCUGGUGGCAAUCACACAUUACGACCAGUAUCACGACCGCUUGCACACCCGGCUACGCGACUGUCGAUCGGCGCAUUACGGACAAGAUGCAUUGCGACGAAUGCUGCGAUCCAGGAACCUAAUGCGGAUUUCCCAGCAGGUGUUCCGCCUGUUUCGGUGCCGGCGUCGUCGAAGGUGGAUGAGCGGAGGAAGGCGAUUAAGAACGCGAAACCUUUUUCUGAUUUCUUGACGGAUACGUUCAAUCGACAGCAUGACUAUCUCCGCAUCAGCAUCACAGAGCGCUGCAACCUGCGGUGUCUGUACUGCAUGCCAGAGGAGGGCAUACCGCUAUCACCCCCCGUCAACAUGCUCACCACACCCGAGAUCUUCUACCUCUCCUCCCUCUUCGUCUCGCAAGGCGUAACCAAGAUCCGGCUCACAGGCGGCGAGCCCACGGUCCGCCGCGACAUCGUCCCGCUCAUGCAGCAAAUCGGCAGUCUGCGCCCGCGCGGCCUCCGCGAACUCGCCCUCACAACCAACGGCAUCUCGCUACACCGCAAACUAGACGCCAUGGUGGAAGCAGGCCUGACCGGCGUCAACCUCAGCCUCGACACCCUAGACCCGUUCCAGUUCCAGAUCAUGACCCGAAGGAAAGGCUUCGACGCCGUCAUGAGGUCGAUUGACCGCAUACUCGAAAUGAAUAAGCUGGGCGCGAACGUUAAGCUGAAGGUCAACUGCGUCGUCAUGCGCGGUCUGAACGAGCGGGAAAUCCUGCCCUUCGUCGAAAUGGGCCGCGAGAAAGACGUCGAAGUGCGUUUCAUCGAGUACAUGCCCUUUGGCGGGAAUAAAUGGAGCGAGAACAAGAUGAUCAGUUUCCAGGAGAUGCUCGAUAUUAUUCGCACGAAAUACCCUGGUCUAAGACCCGUCCCCGGACACAAAAACGACACGAGCAAGACGUACGAAGUGCCUGGUUUUGUGGGCAAAGUCGGCUUUAUAACGAGUAUGACGAACGAUUUCUGCGGGUCUUGCAAUAGGCUUCGCAUUACGAGUGAUGGGAAUCUUAAAGUCUGUUUGCAUGGUAAUGCGGAGGUGAGCUUGAGAGACGUGCUUAGACAGGGUAAUGGCGGCGAGCCUAUUGAUCAAGAAGCGUUUGAGCGUAUCAGGCAGAUUGAGAUGGACCGGCACGAGGGCCGGCUGAGCGACGAAACGGUGCUGGGCUGGGGCCAACGCGAGCGCGAACUCCUGGACGUUGUUGGAGCUGCUGUUAAGCGGAAGGCGGAGAAGCAUGCUGAUCUGGAUGAUUUGGCCAAUAUGGAGAACAGGCCUAUGAUUUUAAUUGAAGAUGUCGAAGCUCCGGAUGAAUCCGAAAACCUCCUGAGGGAUAUCGAGAAGAAGAUUGCGAAUCUGCAUCGUCGAAUUGUGGAGGUUGAGAGGGGGACGCCGCUUGCUUCUGCUUCUAGUGAUGGAAUGCGCGCGCCGGUGGAGGUGGUGGAGCCGGGAGAGGGUGUGAGGGAGGCUGAUACGUUUGAUGCCGUUGGCACUCCUAUUGGUAACGAUGCAACGGGACCAAAGAAAAGGAAAGGUAAAAACGAGCGCGAGCGAGCACGAAGACGGGAACAAGAAAAAUACCGGACUGAGAAGAUGAAAGAACUCGGUGUGCUGUUGAACCAAUAUAAAGAACAAGCCGCAGUCGUCAAAGCCGAAGCUUCAAGGCACGCCGAGAUGCGAAAGCGACGCGAAGUCGUCUUAGCCAAGAAACGCUUACUACUCCGCCAACUACACGAACACGAAGAGGAGGAGCGGAGGGCCAGUCUCGUACGUAGAACGAGCCAGACGGAUAGCUCAGGGGCGUUGCCGGAGGGAUUUGAGCUUGAUGAUGUACUGGAUGAUGCGAUGAAGAAGGUUAAGAAGAUGCCGAUGCAUCCGCCGAGGGAGGAGAGGGAGUACAAAGAGAGGGUAGUUAAGGAUGUGGAUGUACCGAAGGCGAAGAGGGUGGUGUGGCCGGCGGGGAAGGGGGCUGUGAGUGUGUUGAAGAGGGGUGGGGAUGGAGAUGGGGAGGAGGUGGUUGGGGAGGAGGUUAUGGAUAGGGGACGAAGUGGUGCUGGGGAUGUUCCUACGACGGAGUCGACUCAGGGAGAGGCACAUACGACUGCUAGCGAAUCGACCGACGAUAUCCUGGUAGAUGAGCAAGUUGAUAUGGCUGUCGACGAUGUCGCUACUUCAGUCGCAAACGCAGGAGAUCCCUUCCCUUCCGCCUCCGCCCAACAAAAGCCAUCAACCAAGGCCAGCAAACCCAUCAAGAAAGAUACACCCAACUCCCCACCAUCCCCACCGUCCUCCAAGGACGACCUCCGUCUCAACAUCCCCCCCUCAGGCAUCAUCCCCAUCGACUCUACCCUAAUCCUCUCCCUCGACGCCCCCAUCGCCUCCCUCCAAGCCCAAAUCCUCGCCCUCCGCAACCGCCUAAAAUCCUCCUACCCCCGCAUCGACAACCUGCCCUACGACGUCUGGACCUCGUCCAACAAACGCACACUGCAAACCUGGCUCAAGAUCCUGAUCAGUCGGUGGAACGCGCGCUUCGAUGAUGUUGACAGCACAGGCCAGGUUGAUAAAAGUGUUGUGGAUGAGAGGGUCAAGGAGGUGCUGGAUAGUAUGGUGAGGGAACAUGAUUUGGGGAAUGAGGCUGCGGAAAGGAUGGCGAUGAGGUGGCAUGAGGCGUUUGAGCUGAGGUGGGAUAUGAGGGGGGAUGCGGAGGGGGUGUUGGAUUGGGAGGAGAUGGAGGCGGGGGGGUUGGGGUUUUUGGGCGUUGAGAGGGAGGAUGGUGGGGGUGAGGUGCGGGUGCUGGAGCAAGAGGUGGGUAGGACUGGUGAUGAGGUGGGUGCUGAGGAGAAGAAUGCUGUGUCUCCGCCUAUGAGAAUGGCGGGGAGUGGCGUAACGACCAACGGGGUCAUGGGACGCAGGAUGUAUUCGACGUCGACGAGACGGGGGUUUUGGUCUUGGUCCAAGAUCCUUGGGACGGAAGGGAAAGAAGACAAGAAAGACGAGAAGAAAAAGGAUUUGAAGCAGCGUUAUAGGACAGACGCCAUACCAGACAGCCCGACUCAGCCCAAGCCCGCUGCUACACCAAACGCCAAACCAGUCGCAAAGAUCGACACGAAGACGCACGAGAAGACCAACGUCCAAUCAAUCGCCAAACCAGACCUCAAGCCCGACCCAAAGCCCCAACCCAAGCGCUCCACAGAGCCCGUCCCACCAAGAACUGACGCCAAAUCCGACGCAAACGCAGACACAAAAGAUAACGCCGAACUCGACCCUCGCAAAAUCAGAGAGGACUCACCUCGGAUGCAUCGGCCUCCCGGUCAGGGCGUAAGUAAGACCGUCUUGCGGAAUAAGAGGAGGCAAGCUAAGAAGAUGGAGGAUGAGAGACGAAUGACUGGGGCACUGGAACGAGGACGAGAGGGUGGGGAUGAACAGAUGGACGUCCAAGAGCAAGGGAUAGAAGAUGAGAAGAGAGAGUUGGGCGCACAUGAACAUGCAGGAGAAUUCGAAACCAAACAACUGCCCCAACAGCCGCCCCAACAGCCGCCAAUGGUCGAACGCGCAAUCGACAAAUUACCGCAAUACCGAGUGGAAAGCAUCAAAAAGGUCGAGGAAGUCUUACCUAAGCCCGUGCCACGGAACCACCAAAUCGUACCUAACCAAGACGCCGACACCGACACCGACAAACCAGCCUUCGUACGCGCCAAGAGACCCCUCCAGCCCCUACCUGGACUCAGACGCUCGAGGCAUGUUGAAUGGAGGAAAUUGGAGCGGACAGAAUUGCCCGGACCGCCUAGACAUAUUGUGAAGCCCCCGACAGACAGCAAGGGCAAGGCUCCAGGAACAACGUCGCUGCAGGACUUUCUGGAUAGCAUGAAUGAGGUUGCUGCGCAUUCGCCUUUUGAGGCGGAACGGAGACAGCAGCAACGUCCUCUGUCGAUGAUGGACGGGGGGAUGGAGGUACCAGUGCAGCAACCAUCAUCUGCUCAACAACCCGUUUCACAGACCAAACCCACCCCCUCACAAUCCCAACUACAACAAUCCCAACUACAACAAUCCCCCUCCCAACCAUCCCUCCCCCACCUCACCCCCUCCGGCUCCGCCCACAUGGUCUCCGUAUCCGCCAAAGAACACACGACCCGCACCGCCAUCGCCGUCGGAACCGUGUACUUCACAAACGCCGUGCCCCUCCGCCUCAUCCGCUCAAACGCCAACAAAAAGGGAGAUGUGUUGGGUACCUCACGCAUAGCCGGCAUAAUGGCCGCAAAAAAAUGCCCAGAUCUAAUCCCACUAUGCCACCCCAUCGCUCUAACCCACGUCAGCGUUGAACUACGCCUUUUUGGUGAGAAGUGGGAUCCGCGGACAACAACAACAACAACAAAGGAAGGGGAGAUGGAGGGGAUUAUGGGGGUAUUGGAGAGAAGUGAGAUAUUAGGGGGGAAGGAGAAGAUGAGGAAGAUGGGGAAGAUGGGUUUUGGGGGUGUGAACAUCGAAGCCAAAGUGCAAUGUACGGGACCGACGGGUGUGGAGAUGGAGGCGUUGACGGCGGUUAUGGGCGCGGCGCUUAGUGUGGUGGAUAUGUGUAAGGCGGUGGAUAGGGCGCAGAGGGUGAGUGGUGUUAGGGUUGUGAUGAAGGAGGGGGGGAGGAGUGGGGGGUGGAGGGAGGGGGGGUGGAGGAGUUGA